CAUAAGAAUACGGAUUCAUGCUUAAAGAUAACAUUAAAAAUGUCUCACAGGAAAAUAUAAAGAUUCAUAGCAGAAAUCAUUUGUCUCUCUAUGCUAAUGUUUCGAGUAAAGUUAACCAUACCAAACAGAAUAAAGACCAUCGAACCUAUAAAGAGCACCAAUCAUCCUAACUCAUCGAAGUGAUAAGACUCUCUUUCUCUUGCUUUUUCUUGUUCCUCUUUGUUCUCUAUAGUUCAAAUUUAAGAAAAUCGAAUAAACCCCUGCUAAUUUGAUCGAUGUUGAUUUAUGUUCUUAUUUCAACCAACCAACGAAGAUAGGACCCCCAAAAGCUUACAAGGAGAAAACCAUGCGAAAUCUCCAAACCCUUCGUCUCUCGUUGUUGUUUCGUACACUAUUUACGGUUGGUUUCGUCACUCUUAUUAUGAUAGAUGUGUUUGUAUUACAAAACAACAACGAAGCCGACAAAACAAAAGAGACUUCUGCAACGAUGAACAAUUCAAUCAUACAUGGUAAGGGUGUACAACAAGAGCUUGAAGAUGGAUCAAAACAUGGUGAUCUUAGCUACUUUGCAAGCAAAAGAAAAGUUCCUCGUGGACCCGAUCCUAUACACAACAGGAGAGCAGGAAGUUUAAGACGACCACCGGGAAGAUCAUAAGUACGCGGAGAGAGAGAGAGAGAGAGAGAGAGAGAGAGAGAGAGAGAGAGAGAGAGAGAGAGAGAGAGAGAGAGAGAGAGAGAGAGAGAGAGAGAGAGAGAGAGAG